CGCGGCGGCGAACCAAGCCUCGAGCGAAGGCGGCGAACGGAAAGCCGCCUGGCGACUCCAGAUCUCUCCGGCCUGCUCCUCGGCUCCUCGCUCCUCCUGCGCCGCCGCGGAGGCAGAUACAGCCUCUGGAUCCAGCCCCGCUGCAUCUCCGCUGUGGUGAGCGCGUGACUGAUGUCUGGCUAGUCUAUUCCAAAUUCAGAUUCAAUUUGUUAGGGAACAGGGAUAGCAAUUUUUGAAUCGUUUAGCGCCUUAUCUUGAGUUAUCCUUAAUUACUUUAGUCACCUGAUAUAGUUUUAAGUCUCAGUUAUUGGUAACCUUUUGUGUCAAACAGUUUUAAUUUUAGGUCUCAACCAUUGAUAUCUUUUUAUGUUAAACAAUUUCAAAUUAUGGUCAAAUUCUUCAAUAUAUGAAAUCAUGAUCAAUUUUGGGUUAUAUUUUUCCUACAUAUAUUACGCAAUUUUGACUAUGCAGCGUUGUACAUGUUAAAUAUUAGCCUUUUGGUUGUGAAAAAAAUUUGAGCACCCCAAAUACAUUUCCAUCUCGCAACAGGCGGUGCUUUGGCUGCUUCCUGCAGGUUGGAGUUUCUGAAUGGCCAAUCCCAGGGAUGCGGUGGACGUCAGCUCCUCCAUGUCGGAGCUGAGCGUAGAAGCAGCGCCUUCAUCGAUUGAGGUUCAAGUCCCCAAGCAGGGUGCGUAUCCCUCACAAGCGGGCAACCGCGGGCGCUGUUUGAUCUUUUUCAUAGGGGAGUUAUUCCGUACCAUGUCUUGUGCUUAAUUAGUAGUACUGCUUGCACUAGUGCUAUCUUAUCUCAUGUUGCAGUUAGUUGAUUAUGCAAAACUUUGUCUCAGCUAAUGGCGGCGAUGUUGCUGCUGCCGAACUCGAUGAUGUAUGGGAGGAUGUUUCAGGUUCUCCUCGGCACGCGGAUACCUUAGACAGAGAAUGGAUCCACAGGCAGAGUCAGUUUCAGAAGAUGGGAUAUCGUGAUGGUGUAACAGAAGGGCAGAAGGACUCUGCCCAGGAAGGCUUCAAUGUUGGGUUCAGGCAAUCUGUAAACGUUGGCUACAAAUGGGGCCUUGUUCGUGGGGUUGGCAGUGCGCUAGCUAGUCUUCCUGACAGCUUGAAAGAAAAACUGGUGCCGGAUGUUCAGCGUAGGGGGAAAUUACAGGACCUGCACCGCUCAGUGCAAGAAAUAUCAGCAGAUGAUGCUGUCCAGAUGUUCCACGAGAGUAUCUGCCAGAGCAACCGUCCUUCCGAUGGAUCAGGAUCACACGUAACAUCAACCUCGGAUGGAGCUACAGAAUCAAAUAGGAUGAAAAGCCUAUCAAAGGACCUUGUGUUGCUGUUGCGCGAAUGCUCGGAUAUUAAAGUGAGUGAAGAGCUGGCGUCAGAUUCAUGAACAAGGUGCCCGGGAAUUUCAACCGUGUUUUCUAGGUCUGGCAGAAUCACAUCGAGUUCCCAGAUUACUGAACAUAUAACCUUAGCUGUCGAUGAACGUGAUUCACGGAUUCUGUUUUGGAAGGACCUGGUACUCAAAAGGCUCGAGCUUCAGAGACAUGGAGUGUAGCUGUAGAUCCUGUUAUUACAUAUUUCCCUUUUGCUGCAACCUGUAACUAGAAUUGUAACUGUUAAUCCUAUAAAUUUGCAGUUCUUAAACAUUAAACAAUAGUAAUGCUUUUUUCUCCCUGCAUUUU